ACGUAAAUCCUCAGUAAUCAAAGGAACCAUAAAAGAGUUCAGGAAACUGUGAACUCAUCUCCCUGUCCUUAUCCAAGAUGGCAUCCACAAAUGAACUUGCAGAGGAUGAAGAAGAAGCGGCACAAUCAUAUGAAGCUUCAUUCUUUCCGCCACUGAACUUGCACUGGGAUGUUUCCUUCUGUGUCAAAGUGGAAGAGCUAGUAGCCGAUAGAGUCCCGGGAAACUCAGGCUGCUGCUUGGGAUUUGUUGCGGGCGGGGGAGGAUCAAUGAGGAGGAACUCACUCCAGCUGGAAGGAGAGGCAGGGGAAAUCUGAGCCUGAGGAGGUGGUUGGAAGGGGGUCGGUGGAGGCGAGAUCAGCUGGGAAAAAGUGGGGGACGAUGGGGAUGAUGAUGAAGAAGAAGUAACUUCAUUGAAGAAAUUAUACGAACUGUA